UCAACAAUCACCAUUGCAACGACAGCACAUCUGAUCAACGACUUCCUCGAUGCGUCCCUUCGUCUACGCCGUGGCAGCCAGCCGCGUCGUCUUUGGCCGUGGUAGCCUCAAAGCCCAGCUCGAGGGGGAAGUCGCCCAACUCGGUGCGAAGCGAGUCCUUGUCAUCACGACUCCACACCAGCGCGACAUUGGCGAAGAAGUGUCGAGUCUACUGGGCGCUCGAUUCACUGCUCUGUACAGCAAUGCGACGAUGCAUACCCCCGUAGAGGUCACCGAGGAUGCCCUCAAAGUUGUGUCUGAAAAGAAUAUUGACUGUCUGGUCGCCGUUGGUGGCGGGUCCACAAUCGGCCUCGCAAAGGCCCUCGCCUACCGAACGGAUCUACUUCAGAUCGUCGUUCCUUCGACGUACGCUGGCUCAGAGGCCACGUCCAUCCUCGGUCAGACGGAAAAGGGAGCAAAGACAACAUUGGUCUCACCAAAGGUUUUGCCCGAGGUCAUCGUCUAUGAUGUCGACCUCACCUUGACCCUUCCCAAGGUCAUGUCCCUCACUUCGGGCGUCAACGCCAUUGCUCACUCCAUCGAGACGCUCUACUCCGCCAAGUCGAACCCAUUCAUCGAUUUGCUGGCCGUCGAGGGGAUUCAAGUCAUGAUGAGAAGCCUUGCCAAGCUGGGCUCGGAGCCCGACGACAUCGAGGCAAGGUCGGAUGCACUUUAUGCCGCGUGGGCCUGUGGUAUGUGCCUCGGCAAUGGAGGUGGUACUGCACUCCAUCACAAGAUCUGCCACACGAUUGGCGGCAUGCUGAACACCCCGCACGCCGAGACACAUGCGAUUGUCCUACCGCACGCGCUGCAGUACAAUUACGCCUAUUUGAACAAGGACUCUCGUCGAAACCUCGGCCGAGCCUUUGGACUGGCCGUGAAUGAAGAAGGAGGGCGCGAUCAGCUGGAGCGCGAGGGCGUUGAGAUGGCCCAAAAGAUCUUCGACAUUGUCCAAAACGGAGGCGCCCCAACGUCUUUGGCUGCCUUGGGUGUCAAGUCCAGCGACCUCGAGCCCGUGGCAGAGGCGGCGGCCAAGGCUCCUUACCCCAAUCCUGCCCCCCUCGAGGGCCCCAGGCUUCUCGAACUUCUUCACCGAGCCCACUUGGGAAGUCGUCCUGUUCCUGGACUGUGAGC